ACCCAACUUUCUCAGUGAAACUGAUCAACGAUCAACCAUGUAUACCCAACAACAACAACCGCAAGAAGAAGAUGAUGGUCAUAUAAUAAUGUUCCUGUACAUGGCACAAGGUCAUAUCACGCGAUUUUUAGCCUUAGCAAGGUUUAUCUCUCAGAGAAAACCUACAACUAAAAUCACAUUUGUCAGUACUCCUCUCAACAUCAGACGCUUCCAAUCAGCCUUCGCUUCAGAUACCACCGUACACAGCAACAUUUGCUUAGCUGAACUUCCUUUCUCAUGUGCUGAUCAUGGCUUACCAGCCAAUUCCGACAACACCGAUUCCUUACCAUCUCAUCUAAUCUCAACACUCUUGUGCGCAUCAGAAACUCUUAAACCUUGUUUCGACAAUCUUAUGAACGAUAUCGUAACAGCUGAAAAUCGUGUCCCUGACUGUAUUAUAGCUGAUUCUAUAUUCGGCUGGGUUAAUGAUACUGCCAAACGCGUCGGCACAUUUCAUUUUACGUUCGUUGGUGGUGCGCUUGGAGGGGCUUUGUUUUCUUCAAUCUGCUUACAUCUCCCACAUCGCAAAAAUGAUGAUUCCAAUGAUGUUAUUGAAGAAUUUCAUGUGCCCAAUUUCCAUGAUUCGUGUCGGUUACAUAUAUCUCAACUUCCAGUGCAUCUAAAAGAAGCAACUAAAGAAUCCCCGCAUGUUAAGUUUAUCCGGAAGCAGCUUUCUCUUUCGAUGAAAUCAGAUGGAAUAUUACGCAACUCAGUUAGAGAAAUCGAAGUUGCAGGCCGUUGGAAGCCUCUUAGAACGGAGUCAAAACCAGUCUGGACCGUUGGUCCUUUACUUCCUGCUUCAUUUUUGUUGCAGGGUAAUAGUAAUGUGUCUGUUGUCCCUCACUCAAGAACAGGGAAGGAGUUUGGGAUUUCUCCAGAGAGUUGUAUAGAGUGGCUGAAUCUUCAUAAACCAUAUUCAGUUGUCUACAUUUCAUUUGGUUCUGAAUCCUCAAUUAGCGCUUCAAAACUGAUGGAAUUAGCUCUGGGUCUGGAGAAAAGUGGCAAGUGUUUUAUAUGGGUAUUAAGACCACCAAGCGAAUUUGAUAUAAAAUCCGAGUUCAAAUGGGAAUGGUUGCCAGAAGGAUUUGUUGAGAGAAUGAAUGAAACUAAAAAGGGGUUACUGGUCAAAAAAUGGGCUCCCCAGUUAGAGAUACUAAGUCAUAGAUCAACAGGUGCAUUUCUUAGUCAUUGUGGAUGGAAUUCAGUGUUGGAGAGUUUGAGCCAAGGUGUGCCCAUAAUUGGAUGGCCCUUAGGAGGAGAACAAGCUUUUAAUUCUCUAUUGAUGGAAGAGGAAAUGGGGGUUUCUGUGCAACUGGCUAAUGGAAAUGAAGCUCAAGUAGAUACUAGUGAGGAUGUGAGGAAAGCAGUUGAACAAGUUAUGGACACUAGUAAAGGAGAAGAAAUGAGGAAGAAGGCAAUGGUGAUUGCACAGAAAAUUAGUGCUGCGAUGAGAGAAGAUGAAGAGAUGGCCAAGUUGUCUUGCACUGCUUUGUUGCUUAUCUCCAUCAUCUGCCUUUCAGUGGCAGCUAUGGUGGUCGCUCGUCCUGCGAAAAUAAACGAAAACGUCGGUCCCAAGUGUCAGAUAAUAUGGACCCUGCCUGAGGAAAGAUGUGAGGCGGAAUGCAGAGACAUAUGUAUCAACGAUUUCCGUGGAGAACAACAUUGCAGUGAGUUUGUUCCAGGCACCAAAAUCUCCCAGUGCACUUGCCUCGUUGACUGUUUAACCAUAGAGCAUCUAAUCACCACUGCAUCAAUGUCUCUAUCUCCAAUAUUAUGUGUUUCCAGCUUAGGAUCGUUAAAGAGAGAUUUUCUCACGGCCAGGGAAAAGCCCAAAAUUACAACAGAUGACGCAACCAAUGAAGUUGGAGUGGCUAUGAUAGAACCAACUACUGCUGACAAAUAA